AUGGACCAGCGCAACAACCCGUAUGGCAUGCCUGGAAGCCGCGCAGGGAUGCCGAACGGGAUGCCCCAGCAGCAUUACGGUAUGCAGGACAUGAUGUUCGACCCGCUGCCCAUGAACAACGGGCUGUACCAUCCACCACCGCCCAUGCAUCAGCAACACGGAGGCAUGGGAGGUCUCAUGCAACAGCAAGGCUUGGUGGCGCCCGAGGAUGACCCGCGCUUCGUUGAUGACCUGCUUGGCGCGUUGGGAAAUGACCCCGCAGGUCUGGGUCAACAGCAGCAACAACACCUCGGACAGAUGCCCGGCCACUACGACCAGCAGCACAUGAUGGCGCCGCAUUCGCAGGCUCCCAACCUCCAGCCCGGCCGGACGCAAGGAAUGCCCAUGACGAGCCAAGCGCCACUCAUGCAGCAAGGAGGCAUGCCAGGCUCCAUGCACAUGAACCAGAUGGCUCCUAAUGGCGUCGGAGCUGGAGCACGCAUGGGUGUCGGCAUGCACCAGCAGAACAUGGGAGCACCGGCUGUAUCGUCAAGUCUCGGAACGCUUGGUGGCUUGGGUGCCUCCAUCCCUGCGCCUCCAGCAGCGUCACGACAAGCAGCCGUUGCUCCUAGCGCCAUUGUACCAACAUCAGCGACGUCAAAGUCUUCGUCUAAUUCGCGCGCACUCGCCCCGUCAAGUAACAAUGGUGGGAGUAGUGAUGAGGACGGCAACAUGGGAGAAGACGACGCUCAGAAGAAGAAGGAGCGCCGUCGACAGCAGGUGACGGAUGAUAUCGUGGUUGUUCACCGUAUUGCAUCGGUGGCGUCGGAUCUGUCCGACCGUGAAUUUAUCUCUGUAGCAUUCCGAUUGCGUGAUGGUGAUGACUACUAUAUCGGACUAAAAUCCAUCACGGUUCAGACUGAGGCUGCUGAGAACUGCAUCCGAGGCGAGGAAUGCCAGGGGUGGAUGUUUAUUGGUGGGGAAAAUGAGACGUCUCAAUGGAAGGCUCACUUUUUGGGCUACUAUGACGUCAAGGGCGAGAAGGACGACAAGGUGCUGAACCAGCUAGCUAAUGAGGCGAUGUUUGGUAUGCUCCGAUGGGAGAGCGAGGCCAUGCACCCGCUCAGCGUAUAGGCCACGUAUCAGCCUGCUUCGCAGGACUUCGCUUCGGCAAUACAUCGACACGGCAUCAAAACCGCUGCGUCAGACGUAAUAUCUGUAUGCAUGUCUAAAAGUAUGCUCACUGGAAGCCGCUUCAGUCGAGCAGAUACAUAUUCUAGUAACAGAAACAGAUUGCAUCGCGGCAACAAGCUUUUCUCUCAAUAUACCCACGUCAAAGUAUCAAGCGAG